GAAAGGAAACCUGUCCGACAAGUCCUGGAUUAGUAAUACGCAAGUUAAAGCUCCUUGGUUUACGUCAGGAUUAAAACCAUCAUAGAAAGCAGGGUGACCAUGGCAACAGCUGGACAUGGGUCUCCCACUGUAGUAGAGCAGAACUGCUAUGAUGGGUCUCUCAUCGGGGUUCCCCAGGUGGACUGUGACAGCAAAACAGGCAAUGCUGAUGCCCAGGUGCCAGCACAAAACGCCAAUGAGAAACCCUACAUGUGUAGGGAGUGUGGGUACAGGACAACAAGAAAGUCCUACUUAUUCCAACACAUGAGAACCCAUACAGGAGAAAAACCCUACAAGUGUGAUCAGUGUGACUAUUCUGCAGCUCAAAAAGUCAAUUUGGUGAACCACCAAGCAGCAAAACACAGUAGUGAGAAACCCUACAUGUGUAGGGAGUGUGGGUACAGGACAACGAGAAAGUCUUACUUAUCCCAACACAUGAGAACCCAUACAGAAGAAAAACCCUACAAGUGUGAUCAGUGUGACUAUUCUGCAGCACAAAAAGUCAAUUUGGUGAGCCAUCAAGCAGCAAAACACAUUAGUGAGAAACCCUACAUGUGCGGUGAGUGUGGAUAUAGGGCAGUUCAAAAGUCUGCCUUAUCCAGACAUAUGAAAAUCCAUACAGGAGAAAAACCAUACAAGUGUGACCAGUGUGACUAUUCUGCAGCAAGCAGAUCCACCUUAGAUUACCAUAAAGAAAAUCACAGUGGUGAGAAACCCUACAUGUGUGGGGAGUGUGGGUACCGGACAGCUCAUAAGUCUGACUUAUCCCAACACAUGAGAACCCACACAGGGGAAAAGCCGUACAAGUGUGACCAGUGUGACUAUUCUGCAGCACAAAAAGUCAAAUUGGUGAGCCAUCAAGCAGCAAAACACAGUAGUGAGAAACCCUACAUGUGUAGGGAGUGUGGGUACAGGACAACAAGAAAGUCUUACUUAUCCCAACACACGAGAACCCAUACGGGAGAAAAACCCUACAAGUGUGAUCAGUGUGACUAUUCUGCAGCACAAAAAGUCAAUUUGGUGAGCCAUCAAGCAGCAAAACACAGUAGUGACAAACCCUACAUGUGCGGAAAGUGCGGGUACAGGACAACUCAAAAGUCUGACUUAUCCCUACACAUGAGAACCCAUACAGGAGAAAAGCCCUUCAAGUGUGAUCAGUGUGACUAUUCAGCUGCACAGAAAUCCAACUUAAAAGUCCAUAAAGUAAAACACGAGAAGCACUACAUGUGUGGGGAGUGUGCGUUCAGGACAGCUGAAAAGUUUUCCUGGGACGAACACAUGAGAAUCCAUCAACAUCAUCAUUAUUAUUACACAUGAGAAUCCAUACAGGUGAAAAACCCUUUAAGUGUGACCAGUGUGACUAUUCUACAGUAUGCAUCUCUAACCUUACAAAACAUAUAAAAAAACACACUGAAGAGGCAAAAACAUGCAAGUGGACGGAAGCAAAACAGCAGCCCAGAAAGACUCAUGAACAGAUGGCAAAGACACUUUAUAGCUAUUGUCUCACACUGAUCGGUUACAGACGUCCUCUCAGAUAGCACGCAAAAGCUGCAUGACUUGAG